AUGAUGAUUUUGACCCGACAACCGGGACAAACUAUCUCCCUGUUGGUUUUUGUUAUAAGUGGAACAUGGGGAUAUCGCUCUGGACUUGAAGUGAUUAACGUGACAUACUGUGGUAAGUUACUCAUUUUAAAUUUUGCCUAAAACUGUGUUGGAAAAAUUAAAGAGUGCUCCCCAGAAAUAUCACGGAAAAUGAAAAUUGAGAAUUCCUCUUAGGAAAAAGAAUCGUCGAUUAUCUUUUUAACAACCGAGUUACUACUUCCCAACUAUCUGAUCUCUGGGUUCCAUUAGUUCUCCAUCUCUAUUAUUUUUUCAUUUCCCUCUUCAUUGCCUGCCGGCUGUUUUAUUAAAAACCAGCUGAGGAUAAGGCUAUUCAUUUGCUGCAAAAACAAAAGUUAUAACCUAAUUUCUGCAUGUAUUGCUUUUCAUCUAAGCUCUUCGUGGGGCCUGGACUGAGGUAAGUUAAAAAUAUAGAGACUAAUGAAUGGCCUCAACUGUUUACUAGUGAAGACUCAAUUGGAAACUAAUUCUGUUUUUCUGUAGCCCAAGGUGAUGCUCCAUUGUUGCAUUAUUUUCAGGAAAGUACGAUAAGCCUCCAACGUUUACAGCUUCUCCAUGGCCUUUCAUUCCUACUGGAAUUGAUUUAGAUGUUAAUAUAACAUUUACACCUGGUAAGUUGAAUUUGACAUGGAGGUUUUAAAAUUUGUUAUUAAUUUUCAAUCAAAAGUGAUAUCGUCAAAAAACCAGGAGGAGGAGCUUAUGAAAUUCCACGGCUUGUAGGAAAUCUUGUUGACAUAAUUAAAAUUUUAUUAAAAUGACUUCUGAAUGAAUAAUAAACGACCACAGGACUGAUUAAAAACUGCAGAUAGCGUCCUCCUUGAUUAGGCGAUAUGAAAACACAAGAGAGGCUUCCGAAAUUGCGAAUCCUUACAGCAUGCAAGACAAAUUGCAAGACGUAUCUCAAUGUCUUGUUUGAACCUAGGAUGGUGUCUAAUCCACCACUGAUUUUUCUUUCUUAGAGCAUCGGACGACUGAAUGCAACGCUCCAAGGUUUUAUUACAGGCCAAAAUAGUUCACAUCCUGCUUUGUUCAAAGACCAAGCCAAAAAUGUAACCCCUUUCUUAUCAAUUUGACUAAGGGUGUUUACUAUAAAAUAUCCAGGAUUUGAGAAUUGAGGUUACGAGAGAACGCUGAGUUGAAGGCCUCAGGAAAUGAGAUUUCAAGUCAGCGUAUUCUAAAACGAUUGUCAAUUAUGUAUCCUGCAGUGCGUAAAGUUGUUAACUCUAAUCGCAAAUAAUUUUCUAUUUUCCGUAUUGGAUAAACUUUUUAACGAUUGCUGUCUAAAUUUGGCGGGUUCGACUGAAAUCUCCACUCUUCAACUUCCAUUGAUGCGCAACAGAAACAGUUCAUAUUGAAUGACUCUUUCAUUACUCAAGAAUAUGUGCCGCGUUCUAAAUAGUGUUUGCUUCUAAUAGAGGUAGAUGUUCUUGAAGCAUCCAUGCAAGUCGAAGUGGUCUGUGACGGCAAGGUUAUUAUUUGGAGCACAGACGACAGUGUAUGCCAAGAGUACCCAAACGUGUGCAGCUUACCUGCUGGUGGUAAGUUGAUUUCCAAAUAGAGAGCUAAGGAGUGAAAAAGGGAGAAAAUCGAAGAGAAUAAAAGAAAUGAAGGACAGAAAGAAAGGGAAAAAAUGGAAAAAGAAAUGAAAGAAAGAAAGGAAGAAAAAGGAAAAAAGAGAGGAUUAAGAGACGUUUUUCACAGUAAAUUUUUCAAACAUUUAUAAUUAAAGCAGAUCAAAUAUCCUGCUCUGCAUGAUUAAAAAAAAAUCCAAAAUACUCCUGAAUAAAAAAGUCAGUGAAUGUCAACCUCACAUUUUCCCUUUAAUAGUUUUUCACACUUGGUUUCUGUUUUUCUUAUAUUUAUCCCUAUAGUUACAGUCAUACAUAUCUCCCGAGAUUGGUGUGAAUCCAAAAAGGUUUUUUUUUUUUCCAAAUAAUAUUUCAAUCGACGGUGUGAAACACAUCGAGACGUGUUUUAAAAUUAAAAACGACGACCCUUCCAAAUUGCUUUCUUGACCAUCUCUAACAAGCAGCUUCGAAUGAAAAACAAAACAAAAAGAAAAUCGUAAUGGCUUAGGGUCUUUUUUUGGGUCUUCUAGAAACCGUUGUGUUGGGUCUAUCUGGAAAUGUGCCGCUCAUUCCUCCAUUUUUUAAGGUAAUCGGUCAACUAGCGCAGCCCUGUUACCUUACGGGUUUCCGUGCUUGUGAUUCCUAUCUGAUAGCCCUGGCUGCAUUUCAGUCUUUCCUCUCUCCCUUGAUUUGCUCCCGCUUGUCAAUUAUAACGGUGUAGUUUUCUUUUCUUAUAUGAUGUUUAUACAUCUUCCUCACAAGCGCAUGUAGCUAGAUUUUUUAAACGAAACUGAAGCAGAAUUCUCUCGUAAGCACUCGUCGUAUUGGCUCAAAAAGCAGCUUUUUCAGGGAUAUAAAAUCCGUAAGCCAUCAUCCUGGCCUAAAGAUUUCCCGAUAUUUUGGUUUUAUCGACUGAGUGAACAUGUAAAUCAGCCACUGUAUAGAGUUUCUAAAGAGUAAGCCCUUCGUUCUGACCUAGGGUAACUAGUGAGACGUCAGCUUUGAAAACUCUUUAUGUAGGCCAGUUUACAUUAUCAACUAAGUUUAUAAAACCAAAUGCCCCACUAGGCCAUGCAUCGACGCAAUACCACAGUUUCUUUAGAAACUUAUCCUCCCCCCCUCGUUAAAAUGAUUUCCAGUCGAGCAUUUUGUCAUCUUUGUACACUCAUUUCAUUUUAGGCUGACUUCUGUGAGCUUUCAGCGUCAGCAGCCAUUCUUAGUUCCUAAUCUGUAUUACCAUUGCAAUGACGACCCUUUUUCAGAAGCAAUCAUGACGGAUGAUGGUGUUGAUCAUUAUCAUUAUCAUUAUGACGAUUUUUAUCAAGCUAGGCAUAGUUUCAUCUGUUGUUUCUUGGAAAAAAAAAGAGGGCCUUAACCCUUUAACCCGUAAAAGUACCCGGCUUCUAGUUUCUCCAUACAAUAUCACCCUGAAUAAAACAUUAUGGCCUCGAUAAUCAAGGAAAUGAUCACCAACUUCUAAAGCUCGUAAUUUUUAAACACAUUGGAGAAUGUGGAGAAUGUGCAUACAAAUGUUAGGGUAUAAAGGGUUAAAUCGAUGCGUAGGUUUACGUUCUAUGUUAAUGUAGCCAUUUUACUUUCAUUUUAUUCUUCAAUCAAUUAGAAUCGAACCUGUAAGGGGAAAGUUCAACUUUUCAAUGAAGAGAAUAUCAUGUAUCUCUGUGGUGAGGGUGUGGCCAAGGUAUGGUAAGAGACGAACAGGAAAAACAGGAGUCAAGACUCGAGAGAAGCAUAAGGGGAAAGAGUAGGCAUAGGAAGACGUGCAAAGGGUCCUCUUGCAACCAAUGCAAUGAUACUAUAAAACAA